CAAAAGACAAUAGAUUAUUACAAAAGACAGGCUAAAUUACAACAAGAACUCAAAUUCGAAAUUACUAAUUCGCCCUUGUUUGUAUCCGAUAAGCACUUGCAGACUUUAGCAGUUAACUUUUUAAUUUUUAUAAAGAAAAAAUCGAAGUUGGAAUGUGUUUGUUCGAGGAGGGAAACAUUAGUCGGUGAAAAAUGGACGUUAAUUUGUGAGUUCUUCGUCUCUACAUUUCAAGCAAAUCCUCUAUAUCUCUUACUAAAUAGUUUAGGGUUUCUGUCUCCACAUUUACACAAUUUCCUCUUACCCAUCAUCGAAUCUCGUCCACAAGAUUCCAAAAUCUGAACAGAUUUCUAAUGCAAAUAUGAAAACACUUCAAGGGUUUUGUUUCUUCACAAAUUCAUAUUUGCAAAUAUGCAAAUAUGAACAGAUUACUUUUGAUUCUUCACAAAACCCUUCCACAGAUUCAACCAAAAUCGAACACAUGAGGGUUUUCAAGUUUCUAGUGAUUGAGGAAAAUCCAUGUCGAUUAACAUGCUUCCGAGGGGGUUCGUUUUCAACAACGAAUCAAAUUGCCAAACAAGUGGAUUCAAGAAUUUCAGCAUUCGGGAGUAUGUCGCUGCUGUUCGUGAAAGAGAUCCCACAGUAUGUUGGCCCUUUGGAUUAAUUUGUGAGUUCAAGGAUCGCAAUACUCAAAAUGUGGCUCCUGAAACAUCAUCCUUGAGUAAUCUAAAAAUUACAGAAGAUACUAAUGCUUCUAAAUUACCCAAAGUUCAAAAUUCCAAGGGUAAAGAGGUUGUUGAAUUUGAAGCUCCAACAGCAUUUGAAGGGGAGGUUUCCAAAAACAAUGAGGCUGGAUCUAAAACUGUUACAGCAGUUGAACUUGAAUGGACCAAGGAAAACAACACUGAAUCUGAAAUUGCAAUUGCUAUGACAUUACUAGAGAUUUCUAAGGGAAACAAGACUCAGUUGGAGACUUCUACAGAAUUUGAACUUGAAAUUCCCAAGGGGAAGAAGACUCAAUCUGAAAAUGCUUCAGCAUUUGAACUUGAAUGGACUAAGGGAAUUGAGACUGGCAAUGAAUCCGACACUGCUACGGAGAUUAUUACUUCGAAAGACCUAAAUGAUUGUAUGGGUGAAGAUAUGAGUGAUGGAGGCACAGAAUUGGUGAAUUUAUCUGAAUCUGAAAAUGAAGAAAUUGUGAAAGGAUAUGGAGGGAGGAAAACUGAAAUUGUGGUGAUUAGUGAUGAUGAUGAUGCUAAUUUAGAAAAGACUUCAAAGCCAACCAAAAAAAGAAAAAGUCGUGGUUUGUCUGAAUUAAUGAGGGAUCCCACAGGCUCAGAUAUCGAAUCCACUCUACAUUUUGCUGAUACGGUUGAUGAAUAUACUGAUGAGUCUGAUGAAGAUUUCAUCAUCGAUGAUUAUUAUGACGAAGAUGACUCCACCAAUGAUGAAACUGUGUGGAUGUCACCAGAAAAACAAAAGGCUCUUAAAAUUACUUCUAGAAGCAACCGUUCACGAAACUACAACAAGAAGAAGACAUCUGCACCCAAACCCAAACCCAAACCCAAACCCAAAUCCAAACCCAAAUCAUCGAACCGUGGACCCAAGGCCAGGACCAAGCGUGCUAAGCUACACCCACAACCACAUAACAACUUUGCUGCGCGAAAGCUAGCUGAUGCGGUUGAAGCUGAGGUGGCAUUGGCAGCUAAUCAGAAAAGGUCUGGUUUGUAUGACAUGCGAGGUGGGACCGGGCGGACUGUUGUGGGUCAGCCCGUGGCGGGAGCUGGUGGGUCGAAGGAUCCGGGUCCGGUGGUUAUGGGCACACCAGGUAAGCAGUGGACCCUGGUGUGUUUAUUUAACAGGAACCCAGCUGAUUUUACCAUAAUCGGUCCUGGGAAUAAUUACAUGACAAGGUUCUGA